AGCCGGGGUAAUGCCCAGGAGCGCUGCGCAACGGGACCUCAGGAGCGACACAAAAAAUGCUAGAAGUGGCCUAGCGAGAGUCUCCUUUUUGGAAGAAUGAAUGUUCCUCUCUACAUUCUGACCUUCGCUCAUUUGAUUCUCGCCGCCGCCGGAGCAGCAGCAGCAGCAGCAGCAGCAGAGCGCGUCUCUUUGGAGCGCCAACUUCUGGAGGAGGGGAUCCGCUCCGGACGCAGGACUUGCAGGCUCUACUGUCGGGUUGGCAUCGGCUUCCAUCUCCAGAUUCAUCCCGACGGCAGAGUGAACGGCAGCCAUGAGCCCAACCAGCUGAGUGUCCUGGAGCUCUUUGCGGUUUCUCAGGGGGUCAUCGGCAUCAAAGGGGUCUACAGCAACCGAUUCCUGGCCAUGAAUAAAAGAGGACGGCUCCACGCCACCGAAUGGUUCACAGAAGACUGUAAGUUCAGGGAACGCUUCCAGGAGAACAGCUACAACACUUACGCCUCAGUAAUCCACAGAAACCACAGGACUGGUCGCGAGUGGUUCGUGGCCCUCAAUAAAAGAGGAAAAGCCAAAAUGGGCUCCAGCCCGCGGGUCAAAUCCCAGCACGUCUCCACGCACUUCCUGCCCAGAGUCGGCCUCCACGACAAGACCGAGCGAGGCUUCACCAUCACGGACAGGAGCAAAGAACGGAGGAAAACCCCGCUGCCGCCGCCACCACCAGCAGCCGCCAAAUCUGCCCCACCAAAGGCAAGCGUCCACACAGGAACAGCGCCAAGACGGACGCAAGUCAAGUACUGGCCCAAGUACAGGUUUGGAUAG